AUUUUAAACUGCCUCCCGUGUCCCGCAUUACUUAUAUACAUACAUACAUCUGAUUUUUUUUUUUUUUAUCAAAAAUUUCAAUUCUCAAAACAACAAAACAAUUCAAUUGACUUCAAUUGUUUGUUACCCGGGUUUUGGAAUUUGGAUUCCUUCUCUCUUUCCCUUCCAUUCUUUCUCCACCGAACUUAUCGCUAUUUAUUUCACUUUCUCUCUCUACAUUCUCGCCCUUUGAAGCCAUAAAUCGUUUUAACAGAAUCAAUCUUCCCUUCUACUUCACGCCAUUUCUCUCUAACCGUUUUCUUUUGGUUUUUCUUAGGCUCCCGUUUCUCCCUCAAAAGCCAAAAGAGAAGAAAAGAAAACAAAAAAUAUGAAAAAGGUUUUCAAUAUGGUCUUCCAUGAUCUGUUUAUUCUCCGUGUAGUCUGAAUUUUCCUUUCCUAUGCAUCAUUUUUGCUGUAUAUCCACCGUCUCCGAUCAUUCCUCCGCCAAGACGUUACCGGACCUUCCUAUGGCAAUCACUUCUAGAUCCGACCCGAAUACCCGAUCUCUCACAUCCAACCAUAACCAACAGAAUCUUCUUUUAAAUCACAAUAACAACGGCACCGAUUGUAUUAACGGCAAUCUCAUAAGCAUCAACAGCGCCAGCCGGCCGAGCCAGCGAUUGGCGGCCGCCGUGGCAGCAGUGACGGCGAAUUCGCUGUCGUUGCCGCGAGAGCAGCAGGUGGAUGUGAGGAUAAAUGACAUAGUAGGGAACGGAAUAUCGGGCAUUCUGUAUAAGUGGGUGAAUUACGGGAAAGGCUGGAGGCCUAGGUGGUUCGUUUUACAAGACGGCGUGUUGUCAUAUUAUAAGAUUCAUGGACCUGAUAAGAUCGUUGUUAAUCGAGAGACAGAGAAAGGAUCCAAAGUCAUCGGUGACGAAUCUAUGAGAAUGAUCUCGAGGCCUAGGAAUGGUUACUCUCAGCCUCAGCCUAAGCGCAAUCCGGUCGGCGAAAUCCAUCUCAAGGUAUCGUCGAUCCGCGAAAGCAGAUCAGAUGAUAAGAGAUUCUCGAUUUUCACCGGAACGAAGAGGCUCCAUUUGAGAGCGGAGUCGCGGGAUGAUCGUUUAGCGUGGAUGGAAGCAUUGCAGGCAGUGAAGGACAUGUUCCCUCGCAUGUCCAAUAGCGAGCUAAUGGCGCCUAUAGAAAAAGUUACCAUUUCCACCGAGAAGCUGAGGCAGCGGCUUGAGGAAGAGGGAGUGAGAGAGGAGGCGAUCCUGGAUAGCGAGCAGAUCAUGAGGAAUGAGUUUGCGUCGCUUCAGAGCCAGAUUGUGCUACUUAAGCAGAAGCAGUGGCUCCUCAUCGACACCCUGCGCCAGUUAGAGACAGAAAAGGUUGACCUGGAAAAUACAGUAGUUGAUGAGAGUCAAAGACAGUUCUAUGAUCAAGGGGCUUCUUCUCUCUCAAGACAAGACAAGUCCAGUGAAGCUAGUGCAAGUGAAACUGAUGAUGAAAAUGAAAGAGCUGAUGCUGCAGAGGAAGAAACCGAUGACGAUGAGAACACUUUCUUUGAUACUCGUGAUUUUCUAUCAUCAGGUUCCUUCAAAAGCAGUGGGUCUGAUUUUCGGACAUCAUCUUUCUCUUCUGACGAUGAAGGUCUUUAUGCACUUGAAUCAGAAGAUGAAAUUGAUCCUUCCAUCAGAACUGUUGGGAAAAAUUAUCCUUAUGUUAAGCGGCGUAAGAAGUUACCUGACCCAGUUGAGAAAGAGAAAGGAAUCAGCCUUUGGUCAAUGAUUAAGGAUAAUAUUGGGAAGGAUCUAACUAAAGUUUGUCUCCCUGUCUACUUUAAUGAACCUCUCUCUUCUCUGCAAAAAUGUUUUGAGGAUUUGGAAUAUUCAUACCUCCUUGACCGAGCAUAUGAAUGGGGAAGGAGGGGUAAUAGUCUUAUGAGGAUUCUUAAUGUGGCCGCUUUUGCUGUAUCUGGUUAUGCUUCGACUGAGGGACGAAUUUGCAAGCCAUUCAAUCCAUUAUUAGGGGAAACAUAUGAGGCUGACUAUCCAGAUAAAGGCAUACGUUUUUUCUCUGAGAAGGUCAGUCAUCACCCUAUGGUUGUUGCAUGCCAUUGUGAGGGUAUAGGAUGGAAAUUCUGGGGAGAUAGCAAUUUAAAAAGCAAAUUUUGGGGUCGCUCAAUUCAGCUAGAUCCUGUUGGCGUUUUGACUUUAGAAUUUGAUGAUGGAGAAGUUUUUCAAUGGAGUAAGGUUACAACAUCAAUAUACAAUCUCAUAUUGGGAAAGCUGUACUGUGAUCACUAUGGUACCAUGAGAAUUGAUGGAAAUCGUGAUUAUUCAUGCAAACUGAAAUUUAAGGAGCAGUCCAUCAUAGACCGAAAUCCUCACCAGGUGCAAGGAAUAGUUCAAGACAGGAGUGGUAAAAGAGUGGCAUCUCUUUUUGGAAAGUGGGAUGAGAGCAUGCAUUAUGUGAAUGGUGAUUGUCCUACGAAGGGAAAAGGAUACGAAUCUUUAAAAGAUGCUCAUCUGCUAUGGAAGAGAAGCAAGCCUCCUCAAUUUCCCACUAGAUAUAACUUGACUCGCUUCGCCAUAACAUUGAAUGAGCUCACCCCUGGGCUUAAGGAAAAAUUGCCGCCUACGGAUUCAAGGCUUAGACCAGAUCAAAGGUAUUUGGAAAAUGGUGAAUAUGAAAUGGCAAAUGCAGAGAAAUUGCGGCUUGAGCAACGGCAACGCCAGGCUCGGAAGAUGCAAGAAAGAGGUUGGAAGCCACGUUGGUUUGCAAAGGAUAAAGGAAGUGAUGGAUAUCGAUAUACUGGUGGAUAUUGGGAGGCAAGAGAAGAGGGCAAUUGGGAUUUAUGUCCUGAUAUAUUUGGCCAAGUCCCUGCUGAUCAGCUUGAUUAAAAGUUCAAACUUAUCAUCAAUUCUUUUCCAAUUUUUUGGGGGAUUUAUAUCCCCAACUGCAGGUGUGCGCAGUAUGGGUAUCUCGUGAAAUCCCUGUAAGUAAAUUAAGAUGCAGUAAUAAAAUUUUUUUUUUUUCUUCUCUCGACGUCCUGCGAUGGCCCUUGGUGAUAUUGGUAUUAUUUCCUAAUUAUUGUCUUGAAUUGCAA